AUGACUACAGCAGUGGAAUCAAUCCUCAUCCAGACUGGAGCAACAGACGAAAAGAAAAACCUCAUUCGACACCAAGUUAUCUCCCUCCUCAUGGCUCAUAGGCCGCGCGACGUGCUUUCCAAGGUAGAGCGCGAUGCACUUGAGGAACUCAGGGCCGACAACGACCUCGUUAUCGUGCCUGCGGACAAGGGGCGUUCAACGGUCGUAUUGGACAGGACAGGCUACAAUCAGAAAGCCAACAUUUUGUUGGAGGAUCGUCAGUCCUACGUCCUAUGCGAAUCCAACCCCAUAAAAACCCUGACACGCGAGAUUAACGCGACACUGUUGGCAAUGGAAAACUCAGAUGCAAUAUCGCCAAUCGACUGA